AUGGCUGCGCUUUUGGUCUCUCCCGCCAAGCCGACCAUUUUCUCCCGCGCCGUCUUUGGCUUCAUAUCAACAACCGACGUCAACAGUGCAUUCCGCUGGGCGGCUCGCGAGUCGUCUUGGUGCUCGCAAUGCCUCAAUCGCAACCGCCCAAUACUCCCCGCAGUCAACAAACUCACCACCAUCUCGCGAUUGCAAUCGACCGUUACCGGACAGUCACAAUCAACGCCCCUGAACAAGGCGUAUUUCUCCUCCCAUAAGGGCGAGACCAACCUGCCCCCGCAGCCAGCGCUGUUUACCUCGCUUUCGCCCAACAACUCCCCCAGCCAGUCAAACCGCGAACCCUCGAUUUCUAGCGCAUCACCGGAGCAAUCGGAGCUGCCUCAUCGUCGAAGGAAGCGCUUAAAGGAAGCGGCAGCACAGAAUAAUGGUUCUGAAGCGGUAAUACCGCCAGAUGCUUCAGCGCAAUUGUCGAAUUUCUCGUCAACUCUCCCCAAAACCUCGCUGCGCCGCCAGUUGGCCGCCUUCUUUGCUCUCACCAAACCCCGUCUCUCAUUCUUGGUCCUGCUCUCGACGACGUCGGCAUAUGGAAUAUACCCGGUAUCAUCUAUUCUUGCUCUCGACCCUACAAUCGCCCCGCUUCCUACCCUUUCUACCUCUACCUUGACGUUCCUCUACUUGACGACCGGGACAUUCCUCUCCGCCUGCAGCGCCAAUACAUUGAACAUGAUCUUCGAGCCUAAAUACGACGCCAUGAUGUCGCGCACACGGAAUAGGCCUCUUGUUCGUGGUCUUGUCACCCGGCGCGCUGCCGUUCUCUUCGCCAUCGCAACGGCCGCCGUAGGGCUGGGUCUGCUAUACGUCGGAACCAACCCCACAGUGACCGGACUGUCGGCCGCUAACAUCGCGCUCUAUGCAUUUGUCUACACGCCAUUGAAGCGGAUGCAUGUGAUCAAUACUUGGGUUGGUGCUGUGGUGGGUGCUAUCCCUCCGAUGAUGGGUUGGGUUGCGGCAGCGGGGCAAGGCGCAACGACUGGACACGACACAUGGCGGGACAUGCUCUUCGGCGAAAACAGCCUAGGAGGUUGGCUUCUCGCGGGUAUCCUCUUUGCUUGGCAGUUCCCCCAUUUUAACGCCUUAUCUCAUACUAUCCGUGAAGAAUAUAAAGGAGCCGGCUACAAGAUGCUUUGCUGGACGAACCCAGCCCGCAACGCUCGUGUCGCCCUGCGCUACUCGGUUCUCAUGUUUCCUCUCUCGAUCGGCCUCUGGUGGGCAGGCAUCGUAGGACAUGGCUUCUUGGUUAGCAGCACAGUGGCCAAUGGUUGGCUGACGAAGGAGGCUUAUGGGUUCUGGAAGCAUCAAGGUGCUAAUGGUAGCGCUCGAGGCCUGUUCUGGGCCAGUAUCUGGCAGCUGCCCAUCCUUCUUGUUGGUGCUCUCGUCACGAAGAAGGGCCUCUGGGACGGUGUUUGGGGAGGCAUCUUCGGCCAGCCCAUUGAAGACGACGAUGACGAUUAUGUAUACUACGAGGAGGUCUCUGGAAAGGCCAUUGAACGGAGUCCUGCCAGUCGGUCAAGCCCUGUUGCUUGA